GGAGCGUUCAAGUAUUACGUAACGCAAUUAGGGGGGAGGGGGGGUCUCGUGAAACGUUACGAUGCGUUACAAGGGCGGGAGGGGUCUUUCUUACAACACGUUACGUAACAUUGUUUUUCUUAAAUAAAAAAUUAGGGAAUUAAAACUCCCAAGUUGGCAACCCAUUUACGUUUUACGGGGAAUCCCUCGAUUGUAUAUUCUGGUCGUCAAUUUUACUUUGUUCUCGCAAGUUGGCAAACCUUUUCGUUUAUAUUUCACGGGGAAUCCCUAGAUUGUAUUGUACGGCAUUUAAUGUUGUUUUCGUUGUCAGUAUUUGUUAGUGUUUAUGCAGAAGCACAUUGCUGUAGUCGGUGUUAUUAAAGUGAGUUCAUAGUGUUCAUACUGUAAUGUCGUCAAAAGAGGGAGAGUUGUAUCAUCAGUUGUUCUUGGCCUAUAAAGGCUCUAAUGCUGCCUUGCCAGCGCAACUGUGUCAAAAAAAUGCCAACGCAAUUUGGAAAACGGCUAAAGAAAAACUAAAAAAUAAAGAAAAGUUUAUAAAACAUAUAAAUGAUGUUAUACGAGAGUUGAAGGUGAAGGCCACGAAGGAGAAAGCAAAAAUGCUUAGUUAUUUUACACAGCUACCUAUGAAAACAUCAAGCACGCCAGCAACACUAAGGCCCAAUGUUCCCUCGACUUCGCGUGCUCUUCAACGAAAACAGGAUGCGGAUUUUGUAGCUUCAUCCACGUGUUCAUCUCUUAUAGAAUCGAUUGUCGCAGUCGCUGGACAAGAAAGCACUACCGUCAAACGAAAGAUGAGCGACGGCGACGAUGAGCAAACACGAAAAAAACCACACACGACUUUGAUUGAUUCAGGCAUCACUAAAAAUGUUCCAAGCAAACCGGCUCAAGAAACUCUUAUGAAGAAAAUUGGUCUACUGCAACAGAGAAUAAAUGUUCUUACUGAAGCAAGGGACACUGGUAUAGCCAAAGAUGAUGUUCACAACGAAAUAAAAAAACUACGCAAAGAGUUGAAAGAAGAAGAGAAAUGUUUAAAGAAAAAAAGAGACUCUGCUAAGCGUGCAAAAAAGUUUCGAGCCAAAGAAAAACUGGAGAAAACUGAACGUCAGAGAAACAAUCCUGCUGCAACACAACCUCGAACUGGCCCUGGACAGCCCCCUUUAGUUGACUCGCAACCUGCUCUCCUAGAGACCAUAAUUAAUAUUGCUAUUCAUGGCAGCGCAGCUGAUGAACGCCGCCGAACAGAGAUGAUUAGGAGUUGUCUCACUCUGUCCGACCUGCAUGAAAGGCUGUUGUUAAUGGGAUUCCAAAUUUCUCGAAGCGGCACAUAUCUUCAUUUACUUCCACGCAUUUCUAACACUCAAGAGGGAAGAAGGCACGUAUGUACCGUACCCGUAAAGUUAGCAAGACCACAGACCGAGAUGCACAAAAAACACGAGGACGGGGAAUUUUGCACUGCUACAAUCAGGUCACUGGAAUCUCUCGCGUCGCUUCUGGGACCGCAGUAAGUAUUCGUUCUCUCACAAGACGAUAAGGCACGUGUACCAAUAGGUUUACCAGCAGUGAAAAGUCAGAGCCCUCUUUUAAUGCAUAUGGAAUACAGAAUACUUUUACCUGAUCAUGACUGGGUCGUGGCAGAGCGGCACAAACUUAUUCCUUCUGUAUACGCCGGCAUCAACGUGGAACCUAACAGUUUCGGUAAGGAAGAAGCUGUUGGGUACAGCGGACCGACACACAUAUCCAUAAGGAGCGGGAAACAUACAUCCUCCACAGCGAACACUCAUGCUUAUGAUUUCGAAUCACUUUUAUCAAUACCGUCAUUCAAACCCUUAAUGAUGACAGAAACGAAUACCGUGAAGCCGGUGAUCAUCAUCUUCGUAGAUGGUGGGCCGGACGAAAACCCACGUUAUCGCAAAGUUAAGAACUUUGCAAUUGAACACUUUAAAAAAUACAACCUGGACGCCCUGUUUAUAGCGACUAAUGCUCCUGGGCGGAGCGCAUAUAACCGAGUUGAGCGUCGGAUGGCUCCCCUCAGCAAACGACUGGCCUGCCAGUCGGCCAGGUGACGCCUGCGUCAUUCUGCCUCAUGAACAUUUUGGUUCAUAUCUCGACGACAAAGGAAUGACUAUGGAUGAUGAUUUGGAAAAACGCAAUUUUCAGCACGCUGGGGAAACACUUGCAGAAGUGUGGAGAGAAAUGAAAAUUGAUAAUUACGACGUUUCGGCGGAGUAUAGACAGCCCGAAGAUAGCAUGCAGGACCCAGCCGAACCAAAUCUAGCGUGGUAUAGCGUUCACGUCCGUGAAUCGCAAUAUUUCUUACAGGUUAUAAAAUGCGCGGAUGAAUCCUGCUGUUCACCACCGAGAAGUGCAUUGAAAUCUGUGUUUGCGGAUACUUUCAUGCCGCCACCUUGUCCAAUAAUUCAAACCCCAAGCAACCUCGUAGUACCCAGUUUGCUAGACAAAGGAACGUCAAAAUUUUCGCCACUUCUUGUGAGAUUGUCCGUUGAUCUGUCACCUCCUCUAGAAGGGUUUAAGCAGAUGCCUUACGAUUUCUUUUGUCCAUCUGUACAAUCCGACCUAAAGAAAAAAGUAUGUCCAACCUGUGGGAUCUAUUUCACAUCUCACAAGAGUGUUCAAAUGCACUGUCGUGACGUGCAUGGCAAGACUGUCCCAGACCAUUGUGAAACUAGAGUACGGCCACAGCGCCUUGCUGCCAGAAGGGCGAAUGAGCUUCUCUGCAUUGUGCGUCGUUAUGAAACAUCGUCUGAGGAUGCUGACUGGAUCGACGAAGACGAAAUCGAUGCAAGUGGCUUAACAAUUCCAGAACCGUCUUCGUCUGCACUCCAAGUGCCAGUGAUGAAAGAAUCGGAAUGGCUAGCAAACCCGUGGACAGAGGAGCAUUAAUUUCAAUCCAAUUGUUUUCAUAGACCUAUUUAGAUACUUGGUUAAUAGUUGAUUAUUUUUUUGAUUUUGUUAAGAAUACGAUUUUAUUUCGAAUAAAAUGAUUAAUUUUAGUUGGGUUUCUGUUUUUAAUUGCAUUGUCAAAGGUUAAAAUAAAAAUGUUAUUUUAUUUCAAGAGUUUAUUAUUGUGUAAAGCCAAAAAUUUAUAAAAAAUAAACAAAAUACGCAGGUGGUGCGGAUUAAAAAUCUCUUGUUUUAUUUAGUAUUAUUACCGCAAAGGCAAUUAAAAGUAUACCAAGGAUAAAAACUAUAACAUAACUUUUUGCAACUUUAGGGUAAAAAUGGUCACUUGAGUGUUACGUAACGUUUAGAGAGGGGGGGGAGGGAUACAGAAAAACGUUACGGUGCGUUACAAGGGGGGGAGGAGGGGUCAAAAAUCUUCAAAAAUUGCGUUACGUAAUACUUGAACGCU